AGCUACUAUUUUCUCUUCGGGUGUCCGCGCUGUUGAAAGAAGGUCUUUGCAGUUCGCAGUCCUUGUUUAUAUAUUCCAAUCAGGGGAAAAUAACAGGUAUCCUGGUUCACCGACCGAUUUGGGAAAGGAAUAUAUCCAAAUCGUUUGGUACAUUUAUUUCUUAGCGAAAUCCACUUAUAGGGCUGUGCCGCAGUGCUCGAAAACGGAAUAUCACUUAGCUAAUUUAGCUGAGCUAGCUGAGGAAAAAUCCCAUGCCGAACACUGAAUUUACAACAGAUUGAAUGACACACCAAUACUAGUCACCGUUUCCGACAAUGGAGCAGAAUUAGGAGGUGGCUGUCCAAAUGGAUUGGAACCCGUAUCAUCGGCACAAAAACCUGGGUGUGCAUUUCUCUGUUUAAAAAAGACCCAGUUCUGAGAUGGAAUGGUGCAAGCCGCUGCGUUCAGUUUCCACGGUCUGAAAAGAGGCGACACAAUGGAAAUAAACCCAAUAUGCACCAAGCUCUGCCAACACAAGCCCCACGAGCUGAAGGACGACGUGUCGGAGAAGCAGUGCCCCGUGACCGUCAACCCGCGCCACAUGAAGAAGGCCUUCAAGGUCAUGAACGAGCUGCGCAGUCAGAACCUCCUGUGUGACGUGACCAUCGUGGCGGAGGAUGUGGAGAUAACUGCUCACAGGGUGGUGCUGGCGGCUGGGAGCCCCUACUUCCACGCCAUGUUUACAGGGGAGAUGAGCGAGAGCAGGGCCAAGCGGGUCCGGAUCAAAGAGAUGGACGGCUGGACGCUCGGGACGCUCAUCGACUACGUCUACACGGCCGAGAUCCAGGUCACGGAAGAGAACGUGCAGGUGCUGCUCCCGGCUGCAGGGCUGCUCCAGCUGCAGGAUGUGAAGCAGGCCUGCUGUGAGUUCCUCAGCUCCCAGCUGCACCCCACAAACUGCCUGGGCAUCCGCGCCUUCGCCGACAUGCACGCCUGCAGCCAGCUGCUGGGCCAGGCCAACACCUUCGCAGAGCAGCACUUUUCAGAGGUGGUGCUGAGUGAGGAGUUUCUGAACCUGGGCAUGGAGCAGGUGUGCAGCCUAAUCGCCAGCGACAAGCUGACCAUCCCGUCUGAGGAGAAGGUGUUCGAGGCCGUGAUCGCCUGGGUAACCCACGACAAGGACGUGCGGCAGGAGCACAUGGCUCGCCUCAUGGAGCACGUGCGUCUCCCCCUGCUCUCCCGGGAGUACCUGGUACAGAGAGUUGAGGAGGAGACCCUGGUGAAGAACAGCAGCGCUUGUAAAGAUUACCUCAUCGAAGCGAUGAAGUACCACCUGCUGCCCGCCGACCAGCGAGCGCUGAUGAAGACGGUCCGGACCAGGAUGAGGACCCCCGUCAGCCUGCCCAAGGUGAUGGUUGUGGUGGGAGGCCAGGCCCCGAAGGCCAUCCGCAGUGUGGAGUGCUACGACUUCGAGGAGGAGCGCUGGUACCAGGCGGCCGAGCUUCCGUCCCGGAGAUGCCGAGCAGGUGUGGUCUAUAUGGGGGGGCUGGUCUACGCCAUCGGCGGGUUCAACGGGUCGCUGAGGGUGCGCACGGUGGACUCCUACGACCCGGCCAAAGACCAGUGGAUCUGCGUGGCCAGCAUGCAGGACCGGCGCAGCACGCUGGGGUCGGCCAUGCUCAACGGGCUCCUCUACGCCGUCGGGGGGUUCGACGGGAGCACAGGUCUGUCGACGGUGGAAGCGUACAACGCCAAGACCAACGAGUGGUUCCACAUCGUGCCCAUGAACACCCGCCGCAGCAGCGUGGGCGUCGGAGUCGUCGCCGGGAUACUGUACGCGGUAGGGGGCUACGAUGGGGCCACACGUCAGUGCCUCAGCACUGUGGAGGCUUAUAACCCCAACACCAACGAGUGGACCUACAUCGCGGAAAUGAGCACGCGACGCAGCGGCGCCGGUGUUGGGGUGCUGAAAGGGCUGCUGUACGCCGUUGGGGGGCACGACGGGCCGCUGGUGAGGAAGAGCUGUGAGGUGUACGAUCCCGCCACCAACACCUGGAAGCAGGUCGCCGACAUGAACAUGUGCCGGAGAAACGCCGGGGUGUGCGCCGUGAGCAAUCUGCUGUACGUGAUUGGAGGAGACGACGGCUCCUGUAACCUGGCGUCCGUGGAGUUCUACAACCCCAGCACUGACAAGUGGACCCUACUGCCCUCCUGCAUGAGCACGGGGAGGAGCUAUGCAGGCGUCACGGUCAUCGACAAGCCCUUAUGACUCGGCGCGGACCUGCUGCUGUCGUGACAACGAAGGCUGGGAGACCAACAGCCGCUUUCAGAGUGUGAGGCGCCUCGGUGAAUCUGCCUCGUCCUGAGGCCACGCCCCCCUUUUCUCCAGGGGGAGUCUGGGAGGGGGGGCGGGGCUAACAAAGACACAAAGUGAUUGCACUUAACGAGAGCACUACGUGGGAUCAACCAUUUAACACAUGUUCUUAACUUGUGAGGAUGAAGCUGAGUAUAAACGUGUUUUAAUACUACAAAUGUGAGAGAAGUCCGGAGGUCAACGUUGCACGGGGGACCAUACGUGAUUCGGGUGCGGUUGGCUAGGUAGGUGUCGGAAAUGUCGGGAAAAUUGUGGGAUUAUCCGUCCCACGGUGUUGCGUAGAACGGGAAAACGAGUUUGAUAAGCGUGCUAGCAUGGGGACCCGUUUACUGAAGCAGCUUGGGGUGGAGCUGGUUUCUUGAGUCCAGACAUUUUUGCCUUUUUACAUUGAUGUUCAUUGAAGCAUCCAGCGAACUGAAAUAUUACUUUGUAAUAAUGGUAUUGUACUGAGAACAAUGUGGAUUAUAAAUGUAUGUAAGAAGAGCUGAGGUAUGCGAGUUUGCCUAAAAACGAAAUGCCACUUAAAUGAAGUUUGGAACACGGAUGGGAUUCCAGCACAUUUCAAGACUUGAGAUGCCAAAAUAAUUCGAGCCGUUAACUGCGUAUAUGUUUGAAGUUUUUUUAUAUAUUGUGUACUUACUUUCCAAUACUGGCCAAGUUUGAUGCAUUUCGUUGUUGUAUCUAAUGCGAAUGUUAUGGCAUGCGUACUAUAGCAGAUUAACACCGAUUUGCCUGGGACCGGAGGAGAUAAAUCUAUCUGCAUGGUCAAUUUAACAAAACAAAAAAAAAUGAACAAAAAAAAAAAAAAAAACAUUGAUUUAAGCGUAGCUGCUGUUUUUGCUGUUUCCUGCUGUGUGUGAGUGAGUCAUGGAUGUGAUGUACUAAACUGGACCUCUUUGAAAAUGACCCAACCCUUCCUCCUUCUGUUCCUUUGUUUUUUCCCCCCCCUCUUUCUUUCUUUCUUUCUUGCUUGCUUUCCUCUUUUCCUUUUGUGGACUUAUACUAUGAUUAUCGUCUGUGUAAAGAGGAAUGUUGUGCAAUGACCUAUGAACCGUUUCAUAACUUGUUUUUUAUUGUUAUUAACGAUAAUAAAUAUGCUUCUUGGA